UGGCGUUUUCCUUUGCGAUCUGUUAUCAGCUAAAUAAUAAUCGAUUGUGUCUAUCGACAGUUCGAUAUCCCUCAACAUUUUAGGUCCAUUAGUAUCUACAAGGUCUUGACAAGUUGACGCAGCCAAUAAUAUUCGAUCACAGAUAACAGAUCAUGCUCUCUCUCUCUCCGAUUCUAAUACUGUUGAUAGACUUUCUAUCAGACAGCUAUCUGCUAUUUAAGCACUGACUCCAAUCAUUACCAGUUCUUGUGUCUGUUCGGUUAUGUUGAUAAGAACCAGUUUAGUGUUGUGUUACGUGCUUCUGUGUUAAUUUCACUUUGAUUGAUAAAAGUGCGCUUAUGGAAUAUUGUACGCCCACAACACAACGAGUGUUUUCAAAUGCUGAUAGCUCCAGAGUUACCAUAGUCCAGGGUGUGGGAACCUAUUAUUUAAACAUGGAAAUAUGGAAUAAUAUUCCAUUUUGAGUUAAAGAGUAAUCUGUGAUAAUCUAUCAAAAUUAGUGAACAAAAAACACUGUCCAAAUGGUCAAUAUUUUAUUCUUUGGAUGUUUUGAAAACCCCGCCAAAUUAAGAGUACUCUUUGGGAUUUCUAUGGCAGUGGCGGUGGCACUGGCACUUCUAAAAUCAGCUGAUGGAAGAGACGCCAACAAGUUGAAUUUGAAAACUUCAAGUUCUAAUUGUCAUCUUUCAUCAAACUUGAAAGCAAUUAAAAUCAAUAAUUCAAUGGCAGACUCAGUAUGGAGUCAGGAAGACUCCAAACCAUGGGAAAGCCAAACUCGUCUCCCAGCCGAAGUUGUUCCAGAAACUUAUGACAUCUUUCUGAAUCCCGACUUGGCGGAGGGCAAAUUCAGUGGCAGCAUCAAAAUCAACCUGAAAGUGCUGUCGGCGAGAAAGAUCAUUGUUCUUCAUGCCGAUCAACUGAAUGUCAGCUCAACAAAAUUGGUGAAAUUAGAGAACGCAAACUCUACUGCAGGUGUUGAUAUUGCUAUAGCCAGUACAUUCAACUAUGAAAAGAAUCAGUAUUUUGUGAUAAUCUGCGCCAAUCCUAUACAACCAGGAUCUUAUUUGUUGAAGUUGGACUUUUCUGGAAAUCUGACAGGGAAAAUUGUGGGCUUCUAUAGGAGUACUUACAAGGAUGCUACUGAUGGAACUAAAAGGUCGAUUGCUACUACAAAAUUUGAGCCAACCUACGCAAGGAAAGCGUUUCCCUGCUUUGAUGAACCAAGCUUUAAAGCUGAAUUCAUUGUAUCCCUGGUCAAGCCGUCAGACGACAAGUUCAUUGCCCUUUCCAACAUGAAUGUCGUGAAGACCGAAGUGGACCAGCCUAGGCGUGGCUCGACAGUGGUGCACUUUGCCAAAUCGGUUCCAAUGUCCACCUACCUGGCCUGUUUCAUCGUUUGCGACUUUGAGCAGCUUCCGUCUGCGCAUGCGCAGGCCGGAUUUCCGGUCACUGUGUACGGUCGGCGAGGCCAAGUCCACAACCUUGACUAUGCACUGCGGUUGGCUACCAACACUAUCAACUACUACAUCGAAUACUUCGGCAUCGACUACCCUCUGCCUAAACUCGAUUUGAUAGCUAUUCCAGACUUUGUAUCGGGUGCGAUGGAGAACUGGGGGCUCAUCACGUUCAGAGAGACAUCGGUAUUCUUCAACCCCGAAGUGAGCUCCCCUCUCAAUCAGGAUAGGGUGGCCAUGACUGUCACCCACGAGCUAGCUCACAUGUGGUUCGGAAAUCUAG